AUGUUUUACAUGCUUAUUUUGUUCUGUUUGUGCAGGAGGCAUCUGAUUGGUGGGUUUGGUUCACAGACAAAUGAAAGACAGUCUGUGAUUGAGGGAGAUUCUGUUACUUUACAAACUGAUGCUACUGAAAUACAUGAAGAUGAUGACAUACUGUGGUAUUUUGGAGGCGAAAAAUCACUCGUAGCUAAAAUCAACAGAGAGACUAAAACCUUCUUCACAUAUAAUGAUGGUCCUGAUUAUAGAUUCAGAGACAGACUGAAGCUGGACAAUCAAACUGGAUCUCUGACCAUCACAAACACCACAACUGAACAUGCUGGACUCUAUAAACUAGAGAUUAGUGGAGCAAAACUGUUAACAAAAACAUUCAGUGUUUCUGUCUAUGCUCGUCUGUCUGUUCCUGUCAUCAGCAGUAACUCUUCACAAUGUUCUUCAUCAUCAUCAUCACCAUCACAGCAGAAUUGUUCAUUGCUGUGUUCAGUGUUGAAUGUGGGUCAUGUGACUCUCUCCUGGUACAAAGGAAACAGUUUAUUGUCCAGCAUCAGUGUGUCUGAUCUCAGCAUCAGUCUCUCUCUACCUCUGGAGGUGGAAUAUCAGGAUAAAAACAGCUACAGCUGUGUGCUCAACAAUUCAUUCACUAACCAGACCAGACAUCUGGACAUCAGUCAACUCUGUCACACAUGUUCAGAUCAGAGCCUACCCUUGUUUUACAUUUUGCUGAUUUGUGCUGCUGGAUCUCUGUUGAUUGUAGCUGCAGUUGUGAUGUACUGCAGGAAAUGUAGAAAAACAGUCGACACCCAGGAGGAAGGCAGAAUGGAUGCAGCAUUGGGUAAACCAACAAGAAAAAUGAAAACAAAGAUGGAUACCGUGUAUGAAAAUGUCCCCAAAACACGAUGAUCAGAUACUAUCUACUGGAACUGGUUGUUCAUACUAGACAAUACCUCACACACACAUUUUGUUUUUGUUCACAUAUAUUCCCUGCCAUGUCACCAUUUGUAUCACAAAAAUAUUCUUUAGUUUUUCAUACAGAAAUUUACAUAACUGUCAUUAUUAAAUGUUGA